AUGAUUGGCCCUGAGAUCAAUCGAGCAGCAAACUUUCCAAUCUGCACGAAGAGCUGCACUCGGGAUUUCGUACCUGUUUGGAAUUGGACAGUCAGUCCAACCGAGUUUGCAGAAUUUCAGGUGGGCAACCUGUUUCAAAACACAGAUACCAUCAGAUUGGAUGACCAUGUCAAAACGCUUGUUCGCUCUUGGAACAUCGCGCUCAUCCAAGGCGAUUCUCAUCUACCAGACCAAGUAAAGCAUAUUCUCCAAAACCUUAUCCGCGAAAACAGAGCAUUUUUCGGUUUGGCCGAGGACGACGUCGCAGAGCAGUGGCACAGCGGUCCCUCAUCGAUGGUUUUUGCGGCACGAAGUGGUCUUAUCGACCUCACUAGCGUUCUUCUCACAGCGACGGCUACGGACCCAGACCUGAGAGAUUGGAAUGGACGGACUCCGUUGAUCGUAGCGGCAGCAUAUAGCCAUGUUGAUGUUGUUGACGUUCUCCUUACGUCGAAUCAAGUGUACAUCAAUUCACAGGAUGUUAAUGGCUGGACAGCGUUACCAUGCGCUACUGUCGGACGGCACAGAGAAACUGUUGAGCGGCUUCUGAGGUGUUCCAACCUUGACGUAAAUUUGCAGGAAUUGAAGCACGGCCGAACUGCUCUGUUUUGUGCGGCCGAGAACGGGGCUGACGAUACCCUCGAUCUACUUCUGCAUCAGAAUUCUAGUACUGUCGACGCAAUGAAUAAUGAGGGUCACACUCCACUCAUACCAGGCGCAAGAGGUGACCAGAUAGGUGUCGUGAGACGGUUGCUUGCCAAUGGCGGUGCGCAAGCUAUGCGUGGAGAUACUACAAAGGGUCGAAUAGCACUCUCUUGGGCUUGUAGAAACGGCCAUACAGAGACAGCAGACAUGCUACUUGCAGCGAUUCAAUUUGAUGUGGACUCUUUGGAAAUCGAGUCCAGCCGCACGGCCUUGAUACACAACGCAAGGCCGGACUUCUUGCUCUCUCGCAGCCAAGAGGGGAAUCUCGAGGUAGUAAGCAUUUUCUUGAACAAUGAGUGCAUCGAUGUUUCUGGUAUGACAGAUCUCGAGUAUGGGCGAACAGCCUUAGCGUGGGCAGCUGGAGAUGGGCACACCGCUGUGGUGAAGCUCCUGCUGAAUCAAAGCCACGACCGUAGCCUGGGAUUUGCGCUGGAUUUCUAUGGCCAGACGGCGCUUUUUUGGGCUGCAGCAGAUGGACACGAAUCGACUGUACGCGCAUUACUCGCGUACGACGAGAGUGAUAUUGGUCUCGUUAGCAAAUCUGGUUGGACGCCUCUCAUGUGGGCUGCGUCUGGUGGACACGCACCUGUAGUAGAAGCCCUUUUCCAGGCCGCGAAGCUGGGUGUCAACGUCAAAGAAUCCAAGCUUGGCAGAACUGCUCUCUCAUGGGCUGCAGCACACAGCCAUGCAGAGGUCGUCUCGAUACUCCUCGAAAACAACGACAUCGAUAUAGAUCUGCCAGACGAUGAAGGCUUCACGCCUUUGUUCUGCCCUAUCAACCACAAUCACGAGGUCAUUGUGUCGCUGUUGCUGAGCACUUCCGUGAAGGUAGACGUGGUGGACACGUCAGGUCGUAAUCCGUUAAUUCUAGCUUCGGAGUUGGGGUACGCGGGUGUGGUGAGACGUUUGCUGGAGGUUGGACAUGCCGAUGUUCACAUCAAAGACCAACGAGAUCAAACAGCGCUCUCACUGGCGGUCGCAAAUGGCCAUGACGAUGUAGCCUCGAUACUUAUCGAGUUUGGCAGAGCGGAGGUCCCCUAUCCUGGUGAUCUCAUAGAAUCUCCAUCGCCUGAUGAGUUUGUAGAGAUGCAUGAAGAGAAAUCGGCUGCUGGAGAAGGCCGCAGUGAUCAUAUUGCGAAGUAG